AUGAAAAGAUGUUCUCCGGUCCUCAACACUGCCAGUGGAAAGGCUGUCGGUGAAGCAACCUUUCCAAUUUGGAGGGAUCACUUCAAAACCUUGCUGAAGCGGCAAGCACCGUCAGCUCCUGAACUGGAGCACGUUCAUAGGCCGUGUUCAUAUGCGGUUAACGAGGAAUCACCGACCGAAUUGGAGGUUCUCGUCUGUAUCCAAAAGAUGAAAAAUCAAAAAUGUGGUGGAGACGACGGGAUUAGCGCAGAAAUGCUGAAAUAUCAUCCUCCAUCUGAGAUUCGUGAGAUGACAAAGAUUAUCCGUUCAAUAUGGAUAGACGAAAGAUACCUGAUUCGCGGGGACACGCUAUCAUAA